ACAUAUCCUCUGAUGCAAGCAGCUUCCUAAUAAUGUUGACACUUAUUCCAGUGUUCACAGUGUUAACUGUCUCCUCGUUGAAGACUCUUUGACCUGCGAAUGUCUGAGAAUGAUGGAAGAGGAGGUUUGCUACUCCAGUGUGCUUUUCAUCAAAUCUAAAGAAGCCAAGCCAAGAGAGGAGCAAAAUGCACAAGAAACUGUGUAUGCAGCAGUUAAGAGAAAAGAAGAGCUACGAGCAGAGCCCAGCCCCAGCCACACAACAGCAGAUGACCCGUCUCUACCUGGCCCUCACCGAUAUCGCUGUGCUGUGGUGGUCCUUGGCCUGCUGACUGCUGUCCUCCUCUCUGCCCUGGUGGCUUCACUUGUUUACUAUCAGGGAUAUGUGUCUGAAUAUAACACACUUUUGGUGAGGGAGCUGCGUCAGCUCAAAGACAAUCACUCAUCCUUAAUGACAGAGCUUACACUUGUGCAAAUGAACUAUGCCAACCUGAGCAACUCCAACGGAAUGUUACAGGAUCGUUAUGACAACAUGAGCUCUGCAAACCUAGAUCUCCAGAAGGAGAGGAACACAUUGAUGAUGGAGCGGGACCAUCUCAAUCAGACUCUUGAGGUCAUUUUCCAGUUCAAUGUUUUUCCAGUGGAUGAUUACUGUCCAGUCACAGAUAAUGCAACACAAGAGAGGAAGUGUAGUGCAAAUUGCAAAGAAGGAUGGGUGUACUAUCAAUCAAGCUGUUACCUAUUUGUCCACAAGUGGAAUAGCUGGGAGGACAGUAAAACUGACUGUGAAAAGGAGAGGGCCCACCUGGUAACCAUAGACACAGUAGAGGAACAAGCAUUCAUCAACAAUCACACAGAGUAUUACUAUCAGGGAUAUGGAUACUGGAUUGGACUGAGGAAAAUCCAGGACAAAUGGCAGUGGGUGGAUGGCCGUGACCUCACUGGAGGGCACUGGAUUAGAACAGAGGGCUCUGGUUGUGUCCUAUCAAUGCCUAGCACUUUAGACCAUUUGAAGAGCUGGAGAAGCGACUUCUGUAGUGGGCACAACAGAUGGAUCUGUGAAAAACAAGCUGUUAUAUGGCCUGGCAAAAAUGUGUAGUGACUUUUUUCUGUAUAAUUUUAUUAUGUGUAU